GCAGCGGAGGCUUCGGCGCUACGGAGCGGCGGCGGCACCGGUGGUACCGGUGGCAGCGGUGGCGGGGCGGGCGGCGGAGGGCGAGUACGGCCGCGGCUGUCGGAGGCGGAGCGGAGCCGGCUGGUUUUGACUGUACUAACACCAUUGCUACUCUUAGAGUGUUACCUUCUCCUAGUACCUGUACUUGGCCAUCAGACACUAUGAGGAGACUGGCUUUUCGAGGUGCUGGUUGUACUCUGAAGAAGUUGGAUUCCAUGGGUUCCAAGAGGCGAAGAGCUACCUCUCCUUCCAGCAGCGUCAGCGGAGGAGACUUUGAUGAUGCCCACCACUCCACAAACAUACCAGGCCCGAGCAGAAAGAGGAGGAGACUUUCCAAUCUCCCAACUGUAGAUCCUAUUGCUGUAUGCCAUGAACUUUACAACACCAUCAGAGAUUACAAAGAUGAACAGGGCAGGCUCCUUUGUGAGCUUUUCAUUAGGGCACCGAAGCGAAGAAAUCAGCCAGAUUAUUAUGAAGUGGUUUCUCAGCCAAUUGAUUUAAUGAAAAUCCAACAAAAGCUAAAGAUGGAGGAAUAUGAUGACGUGAAUGUGCUGACUGCAGAUUUUCAGCUUCUCUUCAACAACGCAAAGGCUUAUUAUAAGCCUGAUUCUCCUGAAUAUAAAGCUGCCUGCAAAUUAUGGGAGUUGUAUUUGCGCACAAAAAAUGAAUUUGUUCAGAAAGGUGAUGCUGAGGAGGACGAUGAUGAUGAAGAAGGACAUGACAGUCAAGAAUUAUCAUCUCCAGGUUACCUGAAGGAAAUUCUUGAACAGCUUCUUGAAGCUAUAGCUGUUGCCACAAACCCAUCAGGGCGCCUCAUCAGUGAACUGUUUCAGAAACUUCCCUCUAAAGUGCAAUAUCCAGAUUAUUAUGCAAUAAUAAAGGAGCCCAUAGAUCUUAAAACCAUUGCCCAAAGGAUACAGAACGGAACUUACAAAAGCAUUCAUGCAAUGGCCAAGGAUAUAGAUCUUCUGGCAAAGAAUGCCAAAACCUACAAUGAGCCUGGAUCACAAGUAUUCAAGGAUGCAAAUGCAAUUAAAAAAAUAUUUAAUAUGAAAAAGGCUGAAAUUGAACACAGUGAGUUGGCCAAGUCAAGUCUCCGAAUCAGGACUUCAUCAAAUUUGACUGCUUCCAAGCUGACAGGUCCUUCCUCACAGGGUAAAGGCAGUGUUGGUGAUGAGAGAAAUUCUUCUAACAAAUAUUAUCGUAACAAAAGAUCAGCCCAAGGGGAUCGUUUAUCAGCAAUAACCAUGGCAUUGCAAUACGGAUCAGAAAGUGAUGAGGAUGCAGCUUUGGCAGCUGCUGCUCGUUAUGAAGAGGGAGAAUCUGAAGCCGAGAGCAUUACUUCCUUCAUGGACACUUCUAAUCCUCUUUAUCAGCUUUAUGACACAGUUAGAAGUUGCCGAAAUAAUCAGGGCCAGCUCAUAUCUGAACCCUUUUUCCACUUGCCUUCCAAGAAAAAGUAUCCUGAUUAUUAUCAGCAAAUUAAAACACCUAUUUCAUUGCAGCAGAUCAGAACCAAACUGAAGAACCAUGAAUAUGAAACUUUAGAUCAGUUGGAGGCUGAUUUGAAUUUGAUGUUUGAAAACGCCAAGCGCUAUAAUGUGCCCAAUUCUGCCAUCUAUAAAAGAGUACUGAAAAUGCAGCAGGUUAUGCAGGCAAAGAAGAAGGAGCUUGCUAGGAGAGAUGACAUUGAGGACGGGGACAGUAUGAUUUCUUCUGCUACAUCUGAUACUGGAAGCUCAAAAAGGAAAAGUAAAAAGAAUAUCCGAAAGCAACGAAUGAAGAUUUUAUACAAUGCGGUUCUGGAAGCUCGAGAGCCAGGCACAGGCAGACGGCUCUGUGAUCUGUUUAUGGUUAAGCCAUCCAAAAAGGACUAUCCAGACUAUUAUAAAAUUAUCUUGGAGCCAAUGGACUUGAAAAUGAUAGAACACAACAUCCGCAAUGAUAAGUACGCAGGGGAAGAAGGCAUGAUUGAAGACAUGAAGCUCAUGUUCCGAAAUGCAAGGCAUUAUAAUGAAGAAGGCUCCCAGGUGUACAAUGAUGCCCAUAUGCUGGAAAAGAUCCUUAAAGAAAAAAGGAAAGAACUGGGACCCCUAGCUGAAGAUGAUGAUGUUGCAUCCCCUAAACUAAAGCUAAGUAGAAAAAGUGGCAUUUCUCCUAAGAAAUCCAAAUACAUGACUCCAAUGCAACAGAAAUUGAAUGAGGUGUAUGAAGCAGUAAAGAAUUACACCGAUAAACGAGGCCGGCGACUGAGUGCCAUCUUCUUGAGGCUGCCAUCUCGGUCUGAACUUCCGGACUACUAUGUGACCAUUAAAAAGCCUGUUGACAUGGAGAAGAUCAGAAGCCAUAUGAUGGCAAAUAAAUACCAGGAUAUUGAUUCCAUGGUAGAGGACUUUGUAAUGAUGUUCAAUAAUGCUUGCACAUACAAUGAGCCAGAAUCUUUAAUUUAUAAAGAUGCCUUGGUGCUGCAUAAAGUUUUGCUUGAAACUCGGAGAGAAAUAGAAGGAGAUGAGGAUUCUCAUGUGCCCAAUGUCACUUUGCUAAUUCAGGAACUUAUCCAUAACCUUUUUGUAUCUGUCAUGAGCCACCAGGAUGAUGAGGGCAGAUGCUACAGUGACUCCUUAGCUGAGAUUCCUGCUGUGGAUCCCAACUUCCCAAAUAAACCUCCCCUGACUUUUGAUAUUAUCCGAAAAAAUGUUGAAAAUAAUCGUUACAGGAGAUUGGACUUGUUCCAGGAGAAUAUGUUUGAGGUAUUGGAGAGGGCAAGGAGAAUGAACAGGACUGAUUCAGAGAUUUAUGAGGAUGCAGUUGAACUUCAGCAGUUCUUUAUUAAAAUUAGAGAUGAACUUUGUAAGAAUGGAGAGAUUCUUCUGUCACCUGCUCUCAGCUAUACCACCAAGCAUCUUCACAAUGAUGUAGAAAAGGAAAAGAAGGAAAAGCUGCCCAAAGAAAUAGAGGAGGAUAAGCUCAAAAGAGAGGAGGAGAAGAGAGAAGCUGAAAAGAGUGAGGAUUCUUCUGGAUCAGCUGGGCUGUCAAGCUUGCAUCGAACCUACAGCCAGGAUUGCAGCUUCAAGAACAGCAUGUAUCACGUAGGAGAUUAUGUGUACGUGGAGCCUGCUGAAGCCAACUUGCAACCUCACAUAGUCUGUAUUGAGAGGCUGUGGGAAGAUUCAGCUGGAGAGAAAUGGCUCUAUGGGUGUUGGUUUUAUCGGCCAAAUGAAACAUUUCAUCUCGCAACACGAAAGUUCUUGGAGAAAGAAGUUUUUAAAAGUGAUUAUUACAAUAAAGUUCCUGUUAGCAAAAUUUUAGGCAAAUGUGUGGUCAUGUUUGUCAAGGAGUAUUUUAAAUUGUGCCCUGAAAGCUUCAGGGAUGAGGAUGUGUACGUCUGCGAGUCACGUUACUCUGCAAAGACAAAAUCUUUUAAAAAGAUCAAACUGUGGACUAUGCCUGUGAGCUCUGUAAGGUUUGUCCCACGAGAUGUGCCCCUGCCUGUGGUCCGUGUUGCUUCUGUGUUUGCAAAUACAGACAAAGUAGAUGAGGAGAAACAGUCGGAAUCAUUGGAGGACAGUAAGAUGGGAGAAAGUGUCCAUCUCGAAAAGGACAAAGAAGAUGUUCCAGUAGAAAUGUCCAAUGGAGAACCUGGUUGCCAUUACUUUGAACAACUUUGCUACAAUGAUAUGUGGCUUAAGGUUGGGGACUGUGUCUUCAUAAAAUCGCAUGGGUUAGUGCGACCUCGAGUAGGAAGAAUUGAAAAGAUGUGGGUGCGUGAUGGAGCUGCAUAUUUCUUUGGUCCAAUCUUUAUACAUCCUGAAGAAACUGAGCAUGAACCAACUAAAAUGUUCUACAAGAAGGAAGUGUUUUUGAGUAACUUGGAGGAGACCUGUCCGAUGACUUGCAUUUUGGGAAAGUGUGUAGUUCUGUCGUUCAAAGACUUCCUCUCCUGCAGACCAACAGAAAUUUCUGAAAACGAUGUUUUCCUUUGUGAGAGCCGCUACAAUGAAAGUGACAAGCAAAUGAAGAAAUUUAAAGGACUGAAGAGGUUUUCACUCUCUGCAAAAGUUGUAGACGAUGAAAUAUACUAUUUUAGAAAACCCAUAGUUCCUCAGAAGGAACCAUCUCCUCUGUUGGAAAAGAAAAUUCAGCAGCUAGAAGCAAAAUUUGCUGAGUUAGAAGGAGGUGAUGAGGACAUGGAAGAGACGGGAGAAGAGGAAGGUGAUAUGACUGAAACACCUUCUAUGCCUCAGCUUCAGGCCCCGUUAACUAGUGAAUUGGAUAUAAUGCCUUACACUCCCCCACAGUCCACUCCCAAGUCUGUUAAGGGCAGCACCAAGAAGGAGGGAUCAAAAAGGAAGAUCAACAUGAGUGGGUACAUCUUAUUUAGCAGUGAGAUGAGAGCUGUGAUUAAAGCUCAGCACCCAGAUUACUCCUUUGGAGAGCUCAGCAGGCUUGUAGGAACUGAAUGGAGAAACUUGGAAGCAACAAAGAAAGCAGAAUAUGAAGAGCGGGCAGCUAAAGUUGCUGAGCAGCAGGAGAGAGAGCGAGCAGCACAGCAGCAGAAUUCCUCCCCCCGGGCAGGCACUCCUGUCGGGGCUCUUAUGGGGGUGGUGCCGCCACCAACACCAAUGGGAAUGCUCAAUCAGCAGUUGACACCCGUUGCAGGCAUGAUAAGUGGCUAUCCACCGGUGCUGCCACCUUUGCAGGGCCCAGUUGAUGGCAUUGUUAGCAUGGGCAGCAUGCAGCCACUUCACCCAGGGGUGCCCCCACCCCACCAACUUCCGCCAGGUAUGCCAGGCAUCCCAGGCAUCCCACCACCCGGUGUUAUAGGCCAAAAUGUGUCCCCCAUGGUAGGCACUCCAGCACCAGGAGCAAGUCCUUUUGGACAGCCGAUAGGAAUCCUUGGCCCACCAGGACAGCAGGCUCCCCCUCCAUACCCCGGCCAGAGCCCAGCGAGUCAGCCCGUUAUGCAGCAGCCCACAACUCCCAUGUUCGUCUCCCCUCCACCAAAGACACAAAGGCUUCUUCACUCUGAAGCCUAUCUGAAAUACAUUGAGGGGCUUAGCGCUGAAUCAAAUAGUAUCAGCAAGUGGGACCAGACCCUUGCAGCACGAAGACGAGAUGUCCACUUAUCGAAAGAACAAGAGAGCCGACUCCCUUCACACUGGUUGAAAAGUAAAGGGGCUCAUACCACAAUGGCUGAUGCAUUGUGGCGUCUGCGAGACUUGAUGCUCCGAGACACCCUCAAUAUUCGUCAGGCAUACAACAUAGAAAAUGUUUAGUUGCUUAAUUGCUUCUUUCUUUGAUACCGGCAUAUAAGGAGUUUUGUGGAACAAUAUCUGUUUUAGUUACUGGGUUGGAAGAGGUAACCAACAAUAAUUUGUAUUGCAUUUUACUGUACAUUGCAAGACCAUUUUUAUAUAAGGACACUUUUAAUAAGCAUAUUUCACUUUUUGUUAUAUUAAGUUGACUUUAUCAAAUACACAAAUUUUUUGCAUAUGUU